ACUGCAUACUCUGUCCUUGGUGUAUGAGAGAGAGAGAGAGAGAGAGAGAGAGAGAGAGAGAGGGGAUGGGAGGACAUAAUGGAGGAGACGAAGAGGCGCCUCUGCCUCUAUUCGAAACAGAAGUGUCCAAGGGUAAACUUGCAUACAGGGUUUAUGCAGUCACGGUGUUGAUAGGGAUAUGCUCGAUAUGGGUGUAUAGGUCAAUAAACAUCCCAACAGCUGAAGAACAUGGAAGAUGGGCUUGGAUUGGUAUGUUCAUGGCCGAGCUCUGGUUUGGUUUCUACUGGAUCAUUACUUUAUCUGUUCGGUGGAACGUUACCCAUCGUUACCCAUUUAAGGAUAGGCUCAUAAACAGGUAUGGGGACAAGUUACCGGCUGUGGACGUGUUUGUAUGCACAGCGGAUCCCAGAAUAGAGCCUCCAACAAUGGUGAUUAGCACAGUUUUAUCAGUCAUGUCAUACAAUUACCCACCUGAUAGAUUGAACAUUUACCUUUCGGAUGAUGGUGGCUCGGAGUUUACUUUCUAUUCUCUCCUUGAGGCUUCUCAUUUCUCUAAGCAUUGGAUACCAUUUUGCAAGAAAUUCAGCGUGGAACCCAGGUCUCCGGCAGCCUAUUUUGCUCAGAAUUCUAACCCAAAAGACACAACAGUUCCAAAAGAGUGGUUGGAUAUUAAGAAACUAUAUGAAGAUAUGAAAUGCCGGAUAGAAUCAGUCAUCAAAAAAGGUGGUACUUCAAAAGAUACAAGGGAUCAACACAAAGGGUUUUUGGAAUGGAACUCUGGAGUGACAAAGCAGGAUCAUCAGUCCAUUGUACAGAUUUUGAUCGACGGAAGGAACCCGGAUGCAGUGGAUGAUGAUGGUCAUCAAUUGCCAACACUAGUGUACUUGGCUAGAGAGAAGAGACCUCAUUGCCCUCAUAACUUCAAAGCUGGGUCCAUGAACUCACUGAUAAGAGUAUCUGCAGAAAUAAGCAAUGCACCAAUUAUCCUUAACGUGGACUGCGAUAUGUACUCAAAUAAUUCAGAUGCAAUAAAAGAGGCACUCUGCUUCUUCAUGGACAAAGAAAGGGGCCACAUGAUAUCGUAUGUGCAAUAUCCGCAAAGUUAUGACAACAUCGCCAACAAUGACAUUUAUUCAAAUGUGCGCAGUGCGUUUAAUAAGAUUGAGCUUUCUGGCAUGGAUGGAUGUGACGGGGCCCCUUAUUGUGGCACUGGAUGCUUUCAUCGAAGAGAAAGUCUUUGCGGAGUUGAGUUCUCCAGAAACUACAGAGGAGAAUUGAACAGUCUGUGCAAUACAAUGAAAGACAGUUCUGUCCAUGAAUUGGAACAAGGAUCAAAAGUUCUUGCAAAUUGUAGCUAUGAGAAAGGCACACAAUGGGGAAAAGAGAUGGGAUUGGUGUACGGGUGUUUGUCAGAAGACCUCAUUACUGGAUUGAGAAUCCAAUGCAGGGGAUGGAAACCAGUCUACUACAAUCCAGAAAGGAAGGCCUUUCUGGGUGUGGCUUCAAACACCUUAGAUCUUGCUCUUGUCCAGCACAAGAGGUGGGGUCAAGGCAUGUUCCAGAUCUUCUUGUCCAAGUACUGCCCCUUUAUAUAUGCCCGUGGCAAGAUCAAACUAGGUGCCCAAAUGGGCUACUGUGUGUACCUUUUGUUUGCUCCUAAUUCCGUAGCCUUGCUCAAUUAUCUCAUCAUCCCCUCUAUUUGCCUGCUCCGCAGCAUUCCUUUAUUUCCCGAGGUGUCAAGCCUUUGGUUCCUGCCUUUUGCAUAUGUAUAUGCAGCUAGGAAUGCUUGUAGCAUAGCUGAGGCCCUGACAUGUGGAGAAACACUCAAAGCAUGGUGGAACUCUCAACGGAUGUGGCUAUUUCACCGGACAACUUCCUACCUUUUCGCCUUCAUCGACACCAUCACUGAGCAAUUGGGCUUCUCUCAUACGGGGUUUUCCAUCACGGCUAAAGUGGUCGGCGACGACGUGUUGAAGAGGUACGAGGAAGGGAUGAUGGAAUUUGGAACCUCAUCUGUCAUGUUGACAAUAAUAGCAACGUUGGCUUUGCUAAACCUUUUCGGCUUUGCUGGGGGAAUUUUGAAAGUCGUUUGGGGUUAUGGUAUCACCGAAGGCUUGACUGUGCAAAUCGGUCUUUGCUUGGUAGUGGUUGUGAUUAAUUUGCCGGUGUACCAAGCACUCUUCUUGAGGGAUGAUAACGGCCGGAUUCCAUCUUGGGUUAUGUUUAAGUCUCUUGUUCUGGCUUCAUUGGCAUGCCUGAUUCCUGUGUAUUGAGUGAGGCAGGUUGAGCAAAAGAAUGGUUAUAAGAAUGUCUGUAUUUUCAUGAUGAAUUUAAAGGACCUCUAAUAUCCGUGAUGACUCGUGAGGUUCGUUUAUAAUUUGAGGUUACGAUGAUUUUUUUAACUUUGAAAUGGUAAGUCUCUAACAAUUUUUAGGCU